AUGGAUGUGGUCAACCCGUGGUCCUUCCUCGCAGAGCCCCAGCCGCAGGUGCCAGUGUGGCAUGCCUGGGUCACGGCCGGGCUCCUGAUGACAGUGCUCUCUGUCCAGAUCCUGUAUGCAAAGCAGGGGCUCCGCGUGAGGCGGCGGCUAACUCGAGCCAACCUCAAGGAGAAGGUGAAGGAGAUGAGGAGGAUCCUGACAAAGCUACGCUUCAUGGCUAAAGAGCCCCAGUGCACCCUCCCUGAUGUCCUCAUCUGGAUGCUCAGCAAUAACAGGCGUGUGGCAUAUGCACGAGUUCCUGCACAGAACAUCCUCUACUCGGUAGUCGAAGAGGAGAAAGGCAAGGACUGUGCCAAGAUCCAGACUGUCUUUAUGAAGGUCCCUCACUUACACACUGGUGAGAUCUUUGCCAAGCUGGAAAUCUACAUGUGGCUUGGGGUAACCAAAUAUGCGAAGAACUGUUUGCUGGAGCUGCCUGAAGAAUUCAAGUACCUCUCUGAGAGUGGGCAGGAGAUAGCCCAGCUCUCGGUGUACAGUCCUCCCAGCCGGCUCAGCAGGGACGAUUUCAGCUACUUCCAGCUCCGAGCCCAUCUGUAUCAGGCUCGAGGGAUCCUACCUGCAGAUGACAAUGGCCUUUCAGAUCCAUUUGCAAGAGUGGUGUUUUCAACUUAUUGCCAGACCACCAGGAUGCUGGAGGAGACACUGAGCCCCAUGUGGAACGAGCUACUUCUGUUUGACCAGCUCAUUAUUGAUGGGAAAAAAGAAGAGUUGAAAACAGAGACCCCCAUUGUUAUAAUCACCCUUUUCAACCACAAUAAAUUUGGCUCCCCUGAGUUCCUUGGCCAGGCCUUUGCUGUCCCACAGGUGAAGCUGGUCGAUGAGCCGUACACCAAACCUGCCCUGCAGUUCUUUGAUUUCUACAAAGGCACCAAAGCAGCAGGAGAGCUCAUUGCCACUUUUGAGCUGAUUGAACUGGAUUACAGUGGCUAUUUGGAGCCAUCAGUGCCCGAGGACGUGGAGCCCAAGGAGCCCGACUACCUGGGAGACCCCCAUGCUGGACGGUUCAUCAUCCCUGAGGGCAUCCGCCCAGUGCUGAAGGAGUUUCGCAUAGAGAUGCUGUUCUGGGGCCUGCGGGACCUGAAACGGGUGAACUUGUUUGAGGUGGAUCAGCCCCAGGUGAUCAUUGAAUGUGCUGGCAAGAAGGUGGAGUCAGAGGUGAUCAUGGCCUACAAAGAGAACCCCAACUUCACUGAGCUGGUCAAAUACAUGGACGUGGAGCUCCCGGAGCAGGUCUACCUGCACCCUCCCCUCAGCAUCUUUGUGGUGGAAAAGAGGGCUUUUGGGCGCACUGUGCUGGUGGGUACUCAUGUUGUGUCCAAUGUGAUGAAAUUCUCUCCCAGGGAGCUGGAGGAUGAACCAGAAGAUGUGCCCAAAGCUCGGAAAGUCUCACGUCAGCGUCUUCCCUCUCAGACUCUGGUAAACAUCGGCCUGGAAGCUGGUGACCCAGGUCCCAGCACUCACCCCCUGAGUCUUGUGAAGGCUCCUUUGAAGAAAAUUCGUAUCAAUAAGCUUGUAAAAAAGGAAGAUGAAUAUGAAGAGGAAAAACCAGAGCUGGAAGAACUGGAUUGGUGGUCCAAAUACUAUGAGUCCCUGAAGGAGCUGUAUAACCAGACACGCAGUGAUGAGGAAGAUGCUGAGAAUGAUGACCUGAAUGAUACAGAUGGAGGGAACUUAAAUGCAUCCUCCAUUGACAUGGAAGCAGAAGAUGAGGCAGUAAUUGAAGCUGAACCUGCUCGACCCAAGAGGAAGCUCAUCGCCACCCUUCAGAUCUACAACUCUGAGCUGGAAAAUGAGUUUGAUAAUUUUGAAGACUGGCUAUGCAUUUUCCCCCUUCAUCGUGGCAAAGCAAAUGAGGAUGAAGAUGGAAACGAAGAUGAACAUUUUGUGGGGAAGUACAAGGGCUCCUUCUACGUCUACCCCACUGAGGAAGCUGGCACAGAGCCCAGGGUCUCCCAUGGAGUUCCAAGGAACAGACCCAUCAAGGUUCUUGUAAGAGUUUACAUCGUUAAGGCUACGAACCUGUCUCCAGCAGACCCCAAUGGCAAGGCAGACCCCUACGUGGUGGUGACUGUGGGGCAGGAGCAGAAGGACACAAAGGAGCGAUACAUCCCAAAGCAGCUCAAUCCUGUGUUUGGAGAAGUUGUGGAGCUGACAGUCUCCUUUCCCAUGGAAUCAGAACUCACUGUGGCAAUAUUCGACCAUGAUUUGGUUGGAUCUGAUGAUCUAAUUGGAGAGACCAAGAUUGACUUGGAGAAUCGAUUCUACAGCAAACACAGAGCCAACUGUGGAGUGGCUUCUCAGUACAACAUAAACGGCUACAACAUGUGGCGAGAUGCUUUCAAGCCCACACAGAUCUUGGAUAGUUUAUGCAAGAAAAACUCACUCCCUGCAGCAGAGUACAGAUGGGAGGAGGUCAAAGUGGACAAUAAAAUAUUCAAGGUCCCGCCAGAGGCUUUUCCUGAAGAGACCUCUGUGAGGAACAAGAGGGGAGUGGUGGAUGAGAACUGGUCAGUGGAUGAUGAACAUAAGGCUUUGUACGUCCUGCAGCACUGGGAAGAGAUGCCAGGAUAUGGGUACAAGCUGGUACCAGAACAUGUGGAGAUCCGGUCCCUGUAUAACCCGGAGAACCCUGGGCUUGUGCAGGGCUCCUUGCACAUGUGGAUUGACAUAUUUCCAAAUGACGUCCCCGCACCACCGCCUGUCAAUAUCAAGCCACGACUACCUGUCAG